UUGUCGUCUGCUACUCGAAGUACGGAGCGAAGUACACACAUGCCGAAAACGCAAACGUUGUGCAAGAAAAUACAAUCCCGAAGAAGUUGCCUGCCUUUUGCUAUCGAUAACUCUUCAACAGGCAGGCCUACUGCAUAAUUAUCUUCACGUUUAAAAAUGUCCACCCUUGUGUAUGUCGGUGUCGGAAUGGCAGCAGUAGGAUACAUUGGUCGUUAUGUAAUAAGAUCUGGUCUUUCCAAGAAAAUAGCUGCCAUUCAAAUUGACACCAUUGGAUCCAAGUAUUACAAAGGGGGAUUUGAUCCCAAAAUGAAUAGAAGAGAAGCAGCAUUAAUCUUAGGAGUAUCACCAACUGCAAGCAAAGCUAAAAUCAAGGAUGCUCACAAACGCAUCAUGAUUGUCAAUCAUCCAGAUCGUGGAGGAUCACCUUAUCUGGCUGCAAAGAUUAAUGAAGCGAAAGAUCUCCUGGACAGUCAAAAGCCAUGAAUAUUUGGAUACUGAAGUUGCUCUUAAUUUCUUAAUAUUGUAUAUACUUAGAUGUUAUAGUUAAAAUAAAAUAUUUUGCAUAAGACUCC